AAGAGUCCAUGUGCUCAAGCGCUCACGCAUUUGACGUUGUUUGCACGCUUGUAAAUAUUUAACGCUGUAGUUUACAAGUUCUUACUGACACUUUGCUCGUGUUCGCUACCCGAUGAGUAAGCCCGCUGCUAUGGAACUUCUCGACAAGAUCGAGUGGACUGUCGUUCUUGGGCGAGACUUGUCCACCGAGCUUGAACACGCAGGCGAUGUGGCUGAACAAGACGAGUUCCUGCGAUUCCUCGUAAACUGCAUCGUUCGAGGCGACUACGUGAGUGUGUUCGCCGACGACCGGACAAAGACAUUACUGCGUGUGUCCUCUUACUCUAGUUGUUUGCACGAAAUAACCGAAAAAUGUAAGAACUACGUGGGCGGCGGUAGCCGCGCUCAACAGUUGUGUGUGCUCCUCGUCGGCGUGGCUGCUUUGAAGCUCUUUGUCCAGUGUAACUGGACGGGACCAGGUGUAGAAGUCGUUAACGACAUUUUCCCCAACCUGAAUCCUGACGAGUGCCGGCGCGCGUGUCUGAAAGCUCUCGAAAUAUCCGGGGAACCGCCGUACCACCUGAUAGAACAGGCACCUUUCCUUAUCAUCGCCGAUGCCCUGCUUGUGCGCUGCAGCGAAAUGCUCCGCGGCUGCUGUUCAGCUGACUGGUGGGCUUGGAGAUGCACCUACGUUCACCAGUUAGUCAUGCUCGACCGAUCGCAAGAACUGCACAUCGAGAUAUGCGACCGAAUUCGCAAGGUAGAAAAGAACCUGCCUAGCCCCGAUAAAGGAGAUGAGCAGAGAAAGCUAAGAAUGCUGUUUUGCAUCGAAGCAGCGUUGUCCUACGUGCAUUACUUCGAAGUGAAAAAUAGCCGUUCCUUCUUGGACUCGGCGAAAAGUGUUUCGAAUAUCGACUUUCAGCUGACUGGAGCGCUCGGCAAGAGGACUUACCACCAGGAAAAUGAGCUUCCACAGCUGCUACUCGAAGUGCGGCACAAAGAAGACGGUGACAUCAGCACUGCGUCAUCGGAAAAGGCGAAUAGUUUCCCGAAAAAUGCGCCGCUCAGAGACGACACUGUCAUGAAUGCGAUAAAGUUUAGUGCCAGCGCAGCCGCCGAUGUUAUCCUAACGCCCGAGGAGGGCUGCUUGCUUCUCGCCGUUUGCAUCCUCAACAAGAGCAUCAGUGCACCGGAUGCUCUUAGAGACGAAGAAGUCAUGGCGCACAUCGAACGAGUGCUUUCAGUGCCUUGCUCGUGGUCUGUCCAGUUCAGCGCGCUCUUUCAACGAUGCAGACUGGAACGAAAUAACAGCCGGCGAGUUGAGCGAUCGAUGACUCAACUGCAGUGUCUCGUUGAUGCUGUUAAAUCUCCUGAGCCUAAUGCAGGCGUGAGGCAGGAGCUCUUUUUCUCUAUGGCUAUGCCAGCCAUCUGGGAAGUUGAAAAGGAGCUCGGAAACAUUUUCUUCGCGCUGGGUGCCACGAAGAGUGCGCUUGACGUUUUCCUCAAAUACGAGCUCUGGGAGGAUGUUAUCAACUGUUACACCAAGAUAGGUCGCCGUGACAGAGCCGAGAAGGUCGUCAGGAAGUUGCUCGAAGAAGAGGAAACUGCGCACCUGUAUUGCUUGCUGGGUGAUGCAACACAGGAUCCCGAGCACUACACGAAGGCCUGGGAAAUAUCGGGCCAUACUAGUGCAAGGGCUCAGCGCUCGCUCGGCUUGUUCUACUACAACAAGAAGGAGUACCAAGAAGCCAUUCCAUACCUGCAAAAGUCGUCGGAGCUUAAUGGAAUACAGAUGAAUGUUUGGUUUGCUCUCGGUUACUCUGCCAUGCAGGUUGAAAACUACGCUCUGUCCGUGAAGGCAUACAAGCGUGUGGUGAAUCUGGACCCCGAAAGCUUUGAAGCAUGGAACAACAUGGCCAGCGCCUACAUCCACAUGGGAGACAAGCACAAGGCCUGGAAAGUUCUGCAGGAGGCACUGAAGUGCAGCUACGACAAUUGGAGAGUGUGGGAAAACUACCUGCUGGUGUGCAUGGACGUUGGAGCUUUCGAGGAGUGCAUCACUUCGUGGCACAGACUGAUCGACAUCAAGGGCAAACACUCGGACGGCAAGGUGGCAAAACUGUUGGUGAAGGUUGUGGCGGAAGGAAUUCCUGACAUCAAUGGCAAGCCGGGAAGUCAUUUGAGGCCCAGAUUGCUCGAGCUGUUUGGUAGAGUGACGUCAGGUGUGACCAACGAUGCCGACAUUUGGUACUCGUAUGGGUCUCUCUACCAGCUUUCGAGCGAACAGUCAAGUAGAACUACAGAGGACACGGAACGAAUGCUACAGUUCUUCCAGAAAUCUUUUCGGUGUCAUAAUCAAAAGCCAAACUGGGAGAAGGAUGUGGCAGCCUGUAGGGAGCAUCUAAUACGUUCUAAGGACCUCUUGGACAUUUACAUUUCUGCAACGAAAUGUCUAAGUGACAAAGUUCGCAAACACCAGCUGUUAUCAUCCGCUAGAAUCACAGUGAAGGGUACACUGUCAAUCGUUCAGAACUACAAAGUGAACUAUUCAUCAGAAAUUCUCGAUGAACUGACACCGGCGAUGGAUAGUCUUGCAGCAAAAUUAGACGAAGUUGCUUCGCUUAUCAAUUCACUUGGUUGAACUAUCACCAUCCUUACACUGUCGCUUGUUGUAAAUUUUAACAUUGCGCUGUUUUGCACAACAUAUUGGGGCUGCAUUAAGACAUAUUGUUGUGUUUCCUCUGGCAGUAUUUUGCCUUUGUGAAGGUGUAUACGUUGUACAGUACACUACCAUAUUACUAUUAUCUGGUGUCUUACCUUGUGCUCGUCAUUGAUAUAAACAGUGAGGCAUAGAUUUC